UGUCGUCGUUUGUCGACAACGUCGUUUUCGUGCUUUAUAGCGCUCGCACUCAGAAGUCGUUCAGAAUCGCUGCCGUCGUGGUCCCGGUCGGUGUUUCGGUAUCGGAAUCGGAUUGUCGACUCGACUUUUGUGUACUUUCCCAUCCAUUCUGGCCGUUUUGUGCGCUGCUUUCGAGCCGGAGCCAGAGAAGCGAAAAGUUGCCGGUAAAUCGGGAAAUCGUUUGACCCGCGGGGUCUAAAAGUCAAAUUCAAUUUACGCGCCACGUAAUUAUAAUUAGGCAUGAGGCCAUACAAGAAAUGGUACUGAAUGCAGAGGAACCAGCGGGCCGUGUAAAACGUCAGCGAGUAAAAAGUGAGCUGGAAAAGGAUAACAAAAAAGUGAAAACAAAAGGAAACCAAAAGAAAUUAAACUGAAUAGAAAAAAAAGAAGCGGCACCACCACCACCCACAUAAGGUGACCUUUUAAAAGCAAAACUAUAAAUAGUUCAACCAUAAAAACCGUUUACCUAACAACCCGACGAAGAGAGUAAAAUCGUUUAAUUGGAUUUCCACCCACCUUGACUCUUUCGGAUACAAUCAACACAACCGCCCGAGUGGCCCCCCAAAAGGCAGAGUGGCCUAAAUGAUGCCCGAAACUGAACGCGACGCGCAUCUGGAGGCAGCGGAAAUGGCUAGCGGUGCCCUGGGGCAUAAUUAUGGCAUUGUAAAGGAUCAGCAGCAGCAGCAACAUCAGCACCUGCAGCAGCAGCAUCUUCAACAGCAGCAGCAGCAAUCCACAUCCGAGCUGUACAAGAUGGCCUGCAACGGCUACAACUACAGCAGUCCACUGACCAUUCCGCCCACCUCGAUGACCAUGGUCAGUCCGAUCGGCAGCAGCAAGGAGAAGCUGGUGAAUAUGUUGCGCGUGCGCGACAACAACAAUAUGGCCAGUCCCAUCUCCGAUAGUCCGCCAACCACGUUCCUGCAGAAGCAACUGGAGGCGGCUGUGGCUCCCAGGCCAAGUUCAGUGCAUCCCCAGCAGCAACAGCAGCAGCAGCAACAUGUCCAGCAGCAGCAACCGCAACAACGGCGUUCAGCCAGCACACCUGCCAUUACAACCACACCUGGUCCUCCCACCAAUUGGCACGCCCAUGUCUAUGAUCGACUGCCACCACGCCCAACCCCCCACUCCAUAGCCGAUAUUCUGGGCAUAUCGCUGGUGAAGAAGGACCGCCCAGAGGGCGGUUUCGAUCAUCAUGGUCCGGCCAAAUCGCCGAAUAGCAUUCUGAAGCCCUACCAGGAUCAGCAGCCCAUGAGGAGCUCCUCCAUUUCGAUGAGCGAGGCCAGCGAGGAAGACAGCGGCGCGAUUGCAGGAGCAACAUCUGCUGCAGCAACUGUCACCGCAGCAACUGUUGCGGCGGCAGCAACUCCGCUCGAUCAGCCGCUCAAUCUGUGUGUGGCCAAAAAGUCCCGCGACAGCAACAACUCACCCAUGCCGGCAACCAAACAGAGCCAAAUCCUCGGCAAGUCUGCCAGCAAGAAGGAGAGCUCUGGUAAGCCGGCGGCCAAGAAAAAGAAGUUGACGCCCACCGCGGCGACAACGCUGGCUCUACCGCCGGCCAUUAGUCCCACGGGCAGCAGCGACAGUUUGAUGCGGGACAAGAUGAUGGCCACCAGCAACAGCAACAACAACAGCUCACCGGGCAGCAAUGCCAAUCCACAGCUGCUGAGCAACACCAAUAGCACCGAGGAUGACUCGGAUUCGGGAUCAACGGAUGCCCGGCGAAAGAAGAAGGCCCGCACCACGUUCACGGGAAGGCAGAUCUUUGAGCUAGAGAAAAUGUUCGAGAAGAAGAAGUAUCUCAGCGCCAGUGAGCGUACCGAAAUGGCCAAGCUGCUGAUUGUCACCGAAACUCAGGUGAAGAUUUGGUUCCAAAACCGCCGCACGAAGUGGAAAAAGACGGAGAAUGUGACAAACAACGAGGCGGCGGAGCACAAGUCCACGAAUGCCAAACCAGGAGCUCAAACAACAGGUGCCGAGCCGGGCGAAAAGAAAACCGUGAAUGCAACUUCACCCACUGUUGGCAAUGCCGCACCCGCUGCGGAGAGUAAGAAGUCUCCAAAGUCUCCAAAUCGCGGCAGUAAUAACAAUAACAACAGCACGCUAAAUAAUAACGUUAAUAACAGCGAGGGAAAAUCGCCCGGCAAACCGAGCACCACCAAGAUUAAAAAACAAUUGAAUGCACUGCUGGAAAAGACAGUUAAACCGGCCAAUCAGGCGAAUCGAAGUGCGGAAUUAGAGACAACCGGAGAUCAGAAGCCUGCAGUCGAAAAACGGCUUAAUAAUAGUAGUGAAAAUCAAUUGUUGCACCAGCGUUUGCAUCAGCAUGCUAUACCCUUGACCGUAGAACCAGCCGCACCUCUCGAGCAGACCGAGAAAUUGGACAUAAAGCGCGAGGAGUCGCCGCAGCAUCGGGAUUUACAGCUGAGGCUCCAAACGGCCCUGCAAAAUGGCCAGCUAACGGAAACGGAAAUGGACUUCGAAAGCAAAUUGGCGGCCAGCAAAAUAUCGAUUGCCUUGGCCAUGGCCAAUAAACAAAUGCAACCGGAAAAGUUGGUUAAGGCGGAGAGUUCCUCGUCGGAGGGAGAGGGGGAGGGCGAGGAGGAAGACGAGGAGGAGGAGGUGUCGUCCAGCGAACAUGGGGACUCCACGGAGGCACACGAUUCCCUGGAUCAGGAUGUCGCCAUGCGGGAGAUCUAAGCGAGAUCACACACACACAGUCAAAUUAACUUGUGCCAAAAAGUCGAAUAUUGCUCAUCCACAAAGAGGAAAAACCAUCCCCAAAAAAAAAGAAUGAAAACCCCAAUAAUUGUAAUACCUAACUGUAAUUUAAUUGUCGCGUAAUCCGUUCACCCUUAGGCUUGUAAUUAAUUUAUUUAAUAUACUUAAACGCUAAGUCUAGGCUUUUGUAAAUGUCGCAUUUAAAUGUCCGCGUAAACUAUGGCAUAUUGUAAUCUGAACUUUCGACAAUUUCAUGUGAUAAUGUAUACGAGGCGAUUACAAAAUUGAUUUUACUACUUGAACUAUGAACUAUAUUGUAUGUAAGCCUGUAAGCUCUGCUACCCUGUAGAUUGCCAUUGAAUGAUACAUA